AUGGAUGCCAUGCCGUCAAUGGACGAUCUUUUGGACGAAGCCGAGGAUGAGAUCCGAAGCCCGAACACAACCUACCAUUCCGCUUUUUCCUCGUUUUCUCCAUUUCAAAAGGCGGAUGAGUCGCUAAGUCCAACCUACAGUGGAAACCGGACACCAGAGGAGGGGGACCCGGAAUUUGAAGGCAUUGAGAAAGAACGCCCAGAAUCUGGCACGCCAAGGACAAUUCGAGCUCGAACUUUCCAGCAAUCAGAACAAAUUAAAGAAAUGGUGAUUGAGUUGUUGGAACGAACCCAGGACGUCGAAGAAGAGCUUGUUAUCGAGACGCCCGGCGCAAGGGAUCUGGUGGAAUCACCCAGCCCAGGCCCAAGCUUGAGCCCGGAGCCGGAAGAUUCAGAAGAAAAUAUAAAUCCGGAGGUGGAAACCCCUCGGAAAAAGAAUUUGCUGUUCACCACAGCCAGCAAAAAUGACGCUCCCAACGAGGAAGAUGAGUUCGAGGAAGCCCUUCGGUAUUUAGGGAUAGAGGAAAAAGAUGAAGGAGCCGAGGAAGUGGAUCCUUCGCAACCACUAGCUGCAGCUAGCUCUCAAAAAGAAGCCUUUGGUGAUUAUGCUGAUGUGCCAGCCGUUCAGGUUGCUGCUCCGGAAAUCAUUAUAAGCCGGGCUGAAGACGAUGAAGAGUGUUCGCUGGUAUUGGAAUCGUCGGAAAAAGAAUACAUCUCCACUUGGGCUCGCGGCUUCGUCGAAAAUCUAAUCGACACCUCGAUCAACAAUUUUACGAAACUCGGUAAUUGUCAAAAAUCGCCAGAAGUACGAGCUAUCGAGGAAUUGGUGGAUGAGAUGGUGUCAUUGGCACUCACCGAAGUGACCGGGAAACGAAAUUCAAUUGAAGAGCCGGCCACGCCUAAUAGAGGAAGCCGAAAAAGAAGCGAAGAUCCCGGCGAUUCAGCUCCUCCGGAAAAGGUCGAGAAAAGCACUGAUGACAUUAAAGAAACUAUUUUGGCGAUGGAGGCUGGACAUGGGGUGGUACAGGCUAAAGAAAGAGACGAAGCCGUGGCAGAAGGCUCAGAAAACCAGGAAGAGGAGCAGGAAGAGGAGGAAGAGGCACACGCUGAACAAGCGAUUGAGGUAGCUGAAGCUCCCAGCUCACCCGCACAUAGUGCAGAAGCGAUGCCGACCGUACGGGGACGUUUUGAGGACCAAGUAAUCGCCGUCGUCCAUGAUUUGGACCAGGAAUCCGAUCGGAUGCUGUUGACGGAAAGUGAACUUUUGUUGGGAAAGGUCAAACCGUUCUGGAUCCCCGAUGCUGACUGUAUGGUCUGCAUGCUAUGCUCGGCAAAAUUUACACUACUAGUCAGACGUCACCACUGUCGUGCUUGCGGACGAGUGCUCUGUGCGGCUUGCUGCAACGAGAAGGCAUCAUUGGCAUAUUUGGGUGAUGACGAGAAGAAAAAUAAGCAACGCGUCUGCCAACCCUGCUUAUCAAUGCUCGACCGGAUUAAGGCGUAUGAGGACCGACAAGAAUUAGUCGAAUUCGAAGAGAAUCCAUCAACCACGCGGACGCGAUCCGUGCUAAAGUCUAGACCGAUCGACGUGGAGGGCGUUGAAGAAGGCGAUGGGAUUGGACCUAGUACAUCCUCAUUACCGAAUUCCUACCCUGAAGGCAUGAGCGUGGAGAGGAAACGAUCCGUUGUCUUUAGAGACGGCAGCAGACCGGGCGAGCACAGCGGUGACGCCACCGAGCAAACGGUUCUCAAAGCUAAAAAGAAAUCUGGCCGGAAACGUGUGCACGUGACGCAGAAAUUGGCAUCAAUAAAGAUCGAAGAAGAGAUGGCUUCCUAUUUGCCAGCGGAAUGGAGUGGACCAUUCAUCGUGCGAAACGCUGAUGGUACGGUCGCGCGGCAAACAAACGACGAAUUAAUUGAACGCCUGAAGCAAAAAUCAUCAGUGGAGGUUUUCUUGAAGCGUAAUCUGCAAUGCGUUGUACAGUUUGCUGACCACCCAACAAAGCCGGAUACAGAAAUCUGCGGGGUCUCGUCGAAGGGUUUCUUUGCGAUUGGGGUUGAUGAGAUUGUUUAUAUCUGGGAGCUCAACGAGGAGCCCAUCGACUAUUCAGUUCCGUUGGGCGUCUUGGCAAGAUUUGCCGAGGUAGACCUCUCUUGUUUGGAGGAUGGUGGUUCCGGAAUUCGGCCAAUGACCGGGCGCCUUCCCGCUCUUCAUUCCUGCUCCGAUCCCACACAAUCGUCACAAUGUGCCACACAUAUACUCUUCUACCGGCCCAGUCGUAAGGAAGCAAAGACGAUCAGCAUCACGUGGCCUCAGAGCCCAUACGUCAUCGGCAUCUCCAUUCAUCCAGAUGAGCUCGUCUGGGCCCUCGCCCACCCAAAUCGACUCCUCUUGCGAAUGGGACUUGACCAGAGCUGGUACCCAUACCCAGUCAUCAACAGCGUUGGCCUACUACCGGUUUUUGGGAAAAAUACCAACAAUACCGUCAUCAAGAUGUUCACCGAUUUCCGAGAAUGGGCCUUCAGAAUGGAGCAGAUUUCUGGAAGUACGGUGGUGCUCAAGGGUACCGAGACAUCUAUCCGAAUUCCUCGAGCUGCCAGGGAACAGAUAAAGACGCUAGUGCAAGGGAAUGCGCGAAUGAUGGCUUGGCAGUGUGGGUUGGCCUCAGAAGCGGAUAGUCAGCUCGUUUGUGUUGAUGAUGGAGGGCUGCUAACGACUCAACUACUUGCCCGCGGCCACACGAGAGCUGUGACCGGUGCGUCAUUUGUCAUUUUCGACUCGGGACUGAAAUCUGCUGAUGACGUCUUUCAGAUAACAAUCGUGGAAGAUGGAGUGACGAUCCGAAUGAGCGGCGACUCCCUAGAAAAGCUGGCAGACGCGCUGAAAGUAGGCGAGGAUUGGGAAGCCAUCUCGCCAAAAGGAGCUGGCGUCGUGCGUGUUCAAUGGGUUGAUGCGGAAUAUUUCUUGAACGACGACUCUGUCUCGAAUCUCGUCUCACCGAUAGACGGACGAUAUAUGGGUGGCCAUUUCCAGUAUGGGCUAUCGCUGACACGCGCCCUUUCCACAUCGAUUCAGGUGUGUGCAAGCCCGGAGUACGCCGUGCGCCUCUCACACGUGUUCCACGUCGGCGACGACCGUAUCGCCCCGGACGACGAGGCCAAGGUGUUCAGUGUCGCUGAGAUGUUGGCGCGUGAGGCCACGAAGCACCUCGAUUCUUUUGUGCAGCCACUGACUUCGAUCGGCCAAAUGAGCGUAGCGAUCCGUUUGGAAGUAUGCGACCAAGACGUCUCGAUGGACAUUGCUCCUUGGGAAGGCCUCGAGCAGCAGCGCGAUCAAUAUGUGUCAUCAAUGGAUCAGCUGGUCCCGAUCCUCUACGGACUCCUCGAAUACAUCCCCGGCGGCCUCAACCUCGAAAUUCACCUCGCAAUCGUCUCUGCCCGCGACCCAUUCGAAAAC